AUGAAACAUUUUUUUAACAAAAAAAUUAUGAACCACUGCCGGAGAUCAGAGCAGCAGAAAAGAAAUGGAGCGGGUCGCGAGAGCCAAACGGAAUUUUCGCAGGAUAGUCACAACGAUGUGUGCCCAAAGCCACGUCCAGUAGUUACACAAAAAUCGUGUCCUGGCAGCCAGAAUGCCCCGGAGAAUAUGUUCGUCCUGAAGAACUGCGAUAGGUGUCAGGACUAUACGGUGCAGCCGUGCAACAAGGGUUGCGAGUGCCCAAAGAGGGGAACCCAAUGCGACGGUCAGUGCGAUAUUUCGGAUCAUGAGAAGUCACAAGUACAGUCCCAGGAGAGCUUUCCAGAAGCGGUGACACCCAGGACCAAAACUUCACUUGACCAUGCCUUAUCCUAUCGCAGAAUGGGUGGCAACUGUCCCAUUUGCCAGCUUUGCGGACAAGAGGAGAUCCGUCAGCCGGGUCAGAGUAUGUGCCCGAAUUGCAAUGAAAAGAUCCAGGCAGCCGUGGGUAAUUACUAUGUUCAGUGCCAGGGACAAUGUCAACAGGGGACAGGUCAACCAUGUCCUUACCGACAGGAUCAGGCACAGACAAGGGCACAAGCACAACAGCCUCCUCCCGGACACUGGCAACAGCUAAACGGAAAUCCAUAUGACGCCCAACAACAGCAACAGCAACUGGGUGACCAACCCUUCAAUAUCAUUGUCCUGCAAGAUUGCAAUAAUCAUGCGCUAAUCGACCAAUUAACAACGGCAAUCAAUCGCGGUGGAGGUCAAAUGCAUACGCCAACUCAAAACAACAACUACCGAAACAGCUAUUCCAACCAACCGCAUAACUUUCAGAACAAUCCACUAACUGGAUAUCUGGACUACGAAUACCUGGAUCUGAAUCGCAAAGGUUAUGGAUACGAAAACGAAAGGGAGGAGAGGUACGACUAUGGAUAUGACACGGGUCCUUGGCCAGUGGAUCCCUAUUUUGGUAGGGAUAGCUACGAAGAGGAAAGAUAUCCCCAUUCCAGCUCAUGCAACAGCUACGACUGUCCCGCCAAAAAUGAUCUCUAUCCAAAAGAGGAUCCCUGGCGAAGAGAUCAGACCUACGAAGAGAAUCUAUCGCCAAUGAAUAAUGAACAUUCCAAUAGUAGCAACUGCAACUGCAAAUGCUGCAAAGGUGGCGACACCAAGGAUAAGCUGGCCCAGCUAAUUGCCCAGGCACUUGAGAUCUUCAUCAGUAGCAAUCAAUGCAAGCAGGAAAAGGACCAGGAUCAGGAGCAGCAUCAAAGAAUAGAACAAAAGGGUAAAAACCAGAAAAAGCGCGUUAGAAGAAAUAGGAGUGCAGAUCGCAAGAGCACAAAUGUAAAGUUAGAUAGCCUUUGGGGGACCUCAAAAAGCAGUAGAGCUAGACUCACUGCGUUAGCCACUCCCGUUUCCCAGAAUAGACCGCCAAAUGACCUUUUGGGAACCACCAAGAGCAGCAGAGCGAAAAUGAGUACCGAGUCCAGUCUCCCAUCCCUAAAUCCCAUCUCCAAGGACUCCUCGAUGAUUUCCAGCGUCGAUGUAGCCAAUGUGGGAUCCCGCUACAAGGAAGUCUCGAAUCGAAAUGAAAAGCCUAACUUCUUUCUGCCCAACUGCGAGGAACAUCGCUGCAAGAACGACUGCCAGGGGAUUUGUUCGCGGAAACCCCAUGACUGCGACAAAGGCUGCAAGUCCAUUUGCCGGGGAGCCUGCUCCAAAUCCGGAGGUGGCGAUGGACGAAGUCGCAGCAGGGCAGCCGGUAAGAAAAAUCGACCCCAACAGCGGCAUGCACGCUGUCAACAGUGCAACCAGGGUGAAGGUCGCCAGUGGCAGGAGGUGGGUGGCUCGACGGACUGUCCCGGUGGCACGAAUACCGGCGGCAAUCGAAACACAGGCGGUGGCAAGAACACCCUUUUAGGGCUCAGUCCCAUCGCCCACUAUCGUCCCGGAAUGCUAAAGUUUCCCGUAAAUUACCUCCUGGCAGGCACGAAUUGCCGACGAAGUCUCGUUCGCACUGCCGCCGGCGUAACUUUGCACCAGAAGCCCUACGUGGACAUGGCCGAGGCGAAGGAUCUUCCCGAAUUUCCGUGUCGCAAGAAAAGUAGCAGUCCCGACUGUCGAACGCCCGCCAAGAAGUGGCUCUGAUUUUCGGAACGCGUCUCCGAGAGUUAUGCAUUAUACAGUAUCGAAGACCCACCAGGGUUUCCUUCGAUC